AUGUCCGCCGCAACCGACAAGGCCCGGUUCUUCCUCGAGCAGUCCGUACCAGAGCUCAAAGAAUACGAGCGCAAGAAGAUUUUCAGCAAGGAUGAAAUCACCUCGAUCAUCAAGAAGCGGUCCGACUUCGAACACAAACUCAACUCGCGGGGCGCAGCGCCGAUCGACUUCGUGCGAUAUGUCGAAUAUGAAAUGAACCUCGAGUCCCUCCGUAAAAAGCGAGUCAAGCGCCUCGGCAUUCGGUCCGCGGGACACGGCGGUCAGCGUCGCAUUUUCUUCAUCCUCGACCGAGCCACUCGCAAAUUCCACGGCGAUCUCAACAUUUGGAUUCAGUACAUUGAAUAUGCUCGCAAGCAAAAGGCCCACAAGAAGCUCUCCAACAUCUUCACCGAUGCGCUACGGUUCCAUCCGACCAGUGCGGAAUUAUGGAUCUACGCCGCCAAGUCAGUACUUGACGACCACGCCGACAUGUCGCAGGCUCGAAGUUAUAUGCAGCGAGGCCUACGGUUCUGCAAGAGUGUCCGGUCGCUUUGGAUCCAGUAUGCCAAGUUGGAAUUGAUCUACAUCGCCAAGCUGGUUGCCCGCCAACGGAUAUUGGGCUUGGACGAGGCCAGCCGCUCCCAGUUCGCCCAGGAAACGGCAACGGAGGAUGCCGAUGCCGAUGCCGAUAUGAUUGCGCUACCAAAAAUCACGGCUGAGGACAUCAAUCCUACCCGGGGGGACGAGGAGGUGGACCAAGAAGCGCUACAGACCCUGAAUGCCACACCCGCAUUGACGGGGGCUAUCCCGCAAGCCAUUUUCGACGCUGCCAUGAAAAACUUCCAGCAGGAUGACCGGUUCGGGGCCGAGUUUUACGCGAUGGUAUUGGAGUUCCCAGAUGUUCCGUGUCUGCGCAAGAUUCUGGGACACGUGGUGGAGACAAUGCGGACGCACAAGCCCGCCAGCCCCCGUACGCAGAUCUGUUACAUCAAGUUUCCGACCGCGGGUGUGAUGGUCACGUCACCGGAGUUCCCACGCGCCCUUGGAAGCUCGCUGGCCCGCCUGAAGGAGUGCUCAAUGACCAGCGAUCUCGCCUCGGAGGUAGUGAGCUGGCUACAGCCAAUUGCCAACACGGAGGAUCUGGAUCCUGCCUUAAAGAAGGUCGUUGUGGCGACCAUGCGCAAUGCGGAACGAGUUUCAUCGAAAGCGUAA